AUGGAGACUACCGGUAUCUGCAAUAUAAGCUCAUCGAUCAAGGCACAGAGCUACCAACCAUUAGGGGAAAAGCCUACCGGUUAUGGCAACAUCUCCCCUUCCACUCGUGGUGGCCAAUCCUUCACCAUCGUAUAUGCCUUGAUUGGUAUUCCUCUCUGUGGUGUUGUCCUGGCCCAGAUUGGCGCCAAGAUCCAUGCUAAGUUCAAGCUCCUCAUCAACAAGAUCUCACAAUGCUUUGAACAAUGCCAGACAAGAUCUUGGGUGAUACCCACUGUACAAGGAUUGGUCCUCGCUAUAAUCCUUUUCGGAUUUGGUUUGAUAAUACCUGCUGCUUGUUUCUCUGUGAUCGAGGGAUGGAGUUUCUACGAGUCUUGGUAUUACUGCUUCAUCACUUUGACAACCAUAGGCUUUGGUGACUACGUAGCAGGUACCAACUCUGACAUCCCAUACACUGUGGUCUACAAAUGGUUUACCCUCCUCUGGAUCUUCUUUGGUCUUGUCAUCAUGGCAACUGUUAUCUCUAAGAUGACUGACUGGCUGUCAGAAAGGACAGAGAAUGCCAAGGUCUUCAUGAAACAAGGAAAUAAAAAAGAGGACGGAAGCGAUGACAGUCAUGGAAAGCUAAAUGGCGAUGAAAGAGACAAAAAUGUUGAAAAUGUAGAAAUGGAGGAAGAAGUUAAUGGUCAGCAAAAAUGUUGAAAAUGUAGAAAUGGAGGAAGAAGUUAAUGGUCAACAGUAGCUAUUUAUCAGUAUAGAUUGUACAUUGUAUCAUUUUUUAUGUAUUUAUUUUUUAUCAGAUUUUUUGGAGCGCAUUUUUUACAUCAUUCUUUCACCUGCUUAUGAAGAGUCUUAUACAGAAACUUGAUUUCUGGUUAUGAUCAUUAUUGUAUUGCUCUUUGACGUUAAAAUUAAAUGAAAGGUCAAGGUCAGAGUAACAUGUUUUCUUGUUACCCUUCUGAAGUCCUUGAAAGCGCGAUAUCUUCUUGGUGGGUAUGAUACUAGCAUGGUUCUCAAGAAGCCUAUUGAUUUUGAGGUCCAAAGGUCAAGGUCACAGUGACAUGUUUUCAUCUUAGCCUUCUGAAGUCCUUGUAAACGCGAUAACUUCAGUUUAACUUCACCUAGGCACAUAUAAUUUUGUGUGUAUGAUACUAGCAUUGAUCCCAGGUCAAAGUUCAAGGUCACAGUGACAUGUUUUCAUCUCUUAAGUCCUUGUUGUAAGCUUGAUAACUUCAGAUUAAAUUAACCUAGGCUCAUAUUAUUUGGUGUGUAUGAUACUAGCAUAGUUCCCAGGAAGCCUUUUGAUUUUGAGGUCCAAAGGUCAAGGUCACAGUGACAUGUUUUCAUCUUAGCCUUCUGAAGUCCUUGUAAGCGCGAUAUCUUCAGAUUAACUUAACCUAGGCUCAUAUUAUUUGGUGUGUGAUACUAGCAUGGUUCUCAGGAAGCCUAUUGAUUUUGAGGUCCAAAGGUCAAGGUCACAGUGACAUGUUUUCAUCUUAGCCUUCUGAAGUCCUUGUAAACGCGAUAACUUUAGUUUAACUUAACCUAGGCUCAUAUAAUUUGGUGUGUAUUAUACUGAGGCCUUAGAUUUGAGGUCAAAGGUCACAGUGACAAGUGAUGACAGAUAUGGAAAGCUAAAUGGUGAUGAAAGAGACAAAAAUGUUGAAAAUGUAGAAAUGGAGGACGAAGUUAAUCGUCAGAAGUACUUAGCUAUUUAUCAGUAUAUAUUGUACAUUGUAUUUUUUAUUUAUUUUUUUAAUCAUAUUUUUAGAGCGCAUUUUAACGACAUUCUUUCACCUGCUUAUGGAGAGUCUUAUACAGAAACUUGAUUUCUGGUGAUGAUCAUUAUUGUAUUGCUCUUUGACAUUAAUAUUAAAUGAAAGGUCAAGGUCACAGCCCUUCUGAAGUACUUGUAAACACGAUAACUUUAGUUUUACUUAACCGAGGCUCAUAUAAUUUGGUGUGUAUGAUACUAGCGUGGAUCCCAGGAAGUCUGCUGAUUUGCAGGUCAAAGGUCAAGUCGUCACUGUCCACUUAUCUUGCUUGACCAAUAACUCCAUUUUCCGCGUUACAGGCGGGCGUAUUAUGUGCUCGCCCCAGCGACACUCUUGUUUUGGGAUGAGACUAGUAUGAUACCAACUGUGUAUAUGAUAUUGAUUUCCUUUUGAAAAUUUAAUUACUUACCUUUAUUACUUUAUUUGUUUAUUAAAUUGUUUGUUCAUGAUUCUAAAAUAUACAACUUGAAAUUCAUAUGGGAUUGGAAAUUUAAUUAUUCACCCUGGCAGUUUUCUUACAAUGUACUAUUCCAGCAUGUGACAUAAUUAAGUAAAUCCUUAGAAGGGUAUUAUAAUAAUCAAGUAACUUAAUUCAUUGCAAGCAACUAGAAAAUAAACAUUGGCAUAUUUUGCAUAUUGGAAGCACAUAAGUUGGAAGCAUAUAUGAAGGGGAUACAUGAAACUAUAUAUUUAAGAUCCAUGGUUUGAGGGAGAGUAAACUUCCACUUUGUCAACUCUGUGUGUUUUUAUUGUUUUUAUAAUACCCUAUGUUAAUGUUUUAAAACCCAUUUUGAGUAUUCGCUCCACCCCCCCCCCCCCCACUGUUGUCUGUAAGUAUAAUUCAUGUCCAAUGUAUAGUAUCUUCAUUCAUUAAUCUGUUAUGUGAUAUAUCGACUGUUUAUUUGGCAACACGAAAUUUGCUCCGGCAACAAUUGCUCUUGGCUUUAUUUUGUCUGAGAUAUAGGGGGUUAGGGUUGGAAUAGGGUUUUAUGUUAGAUUUAGGGAUGGGUUUGGGAUAGGGUAUAGUGUUAAAUCCAGGGUUGAACAUGGCCAUUCCAUUAGUGUGUGAAGUUUACAUCGGAGCUAUUGUCGCCGGAGCAAAUGUCAUGGAACUGUUUAUCUUACGCACAUUGUCACAUUGCAUGCUACAAUAACAGCGUCAUGUUAAAUACCCGAGACUUUAUUA